AUGCUAAGGCGCCUUCUCCACGGAACAAUCGUGCUCCCGGUGCGUGCCCACACACACAGGUGCUCUCUCUCACACACAGGGCUGAAGUGUGGGAUCCCUGCUGUUGAUGUCGAACGUAGGACAACUGUCUUGGAUUCUGGGUUCUUCUCUGGAAGUACUCGCUGGAGGGAUUCAGCGGUUGGUGGACAACCGUGGCAGGUCUCCCUAAAAUUAGGUGAGCACCGAUUCUGUGCAGGAAGCUUGAUCCAAGAUGAUCUGGUUGUUACAGCAGCACACUGCUUGGUUGGCCUCAAUGAGAAGCAAAUUAAGAGUCUGACUGUGACUGGGGGGCACAACCUCUUUCCGGAGGGUAAACAGGAACAGAAGAUUCCUGUUUCAAAAAUGAUUAUCCAUCCUGAGUACAACAGACUUGGAUAUAUGAGCUCUGAUAUUGCACUGCUGUAUUUGAAACACAAAGUCAAGUUUGGAACUGCUGUUCAGCCAAUCUGUCUUCCCCAUAAAGAUGAUAAAUUUGAAGCAGGGCUUCUUUGCAUGACCAGUGGAUGGUGCAAGAUUUCAGAGACAUCAGAGUAUUCAGAUGUCCUACAAGAAGUGGAGCUUCCCAUCAUGGACGACAGAACGUGUAAUUCUGUGCUGACGGGUAUGAAUUUUCCUCUCCUGGGGAGGACCAUGAUGUGUGCCAGUUUUCCUGAUGGGGAAAAGGAGGCCUGUCAGGGAGACUCUGGAAGUCCAUUUGUUUGUAGAAGAGGCAAUGGAAUCUGGGUCCUUGCUGGGAUAACUUCCCAGGGAGCUGGUUGGACUAGAGGUUGGACUUUAAGAAGUAACCAUAGAAGGGCAUCACCUGGCAUUUUCUCCAAGGUGUUUGAGUUGAUGGAUUUUAUCACUCAGAACACAUUCACAGAUUGUAGAUCUGAGAGAACAGUGUUAUUUGGAGAAAAUGGGAAGAUUCGUUACCACCAUUCCAAAGAAAGCAGCUGUUCUCAUAAUUGCUUAUGUAUGUGGAAAAUAAUGGUACCAGAAGAUAAAAUUAUCCUGAUAAAAUUUGCAAGCUUAGACAUACAAAAUCAAGUUGGUUGUGACCAUGGCUAUAUAUCUUUACAAUCAAGCAAUGGAGUGCUUAUUAGUAAGGUCUGUGGAGAUAAAUUGCCUUCACCAUUGCUGACUGAGACCAGUGAAGCCACAGUUACAUUUGUUUCUGAUCCAGAAAACGGUGGCAGCAGCUUUGAGCUUACAUUUACUGCUGUUCAGAAGCACUCAGAAGCUGGUUCAGGCUGUGGGAGUGUAGCUGUAUUGGUGGAAGAAGGGAUGAUUCACUCUGCCAGUUAUCCUGACUCGUAUCCCAUGAAUGUAAAGUGUCAUUGGUUCAUUCGUGCUCCGGAGAAACACAUUAUAAAGUUGGAAUUUGAGGACUUUAUCACUGAAUUUAGCCCAAACUGUAUUUAUGAUGCUGUUGUGAUUUAUGGUGAUCCUGAAGAGGAGCAUGAGUUAGCUAAACUUUGUGGGAUCUUAAACCCUACUCCAAUAUUAAGUCCUCAUAAUAUGCUGCUGAUUCAUUUUAAAAGUGAUGGUGAAAAUAACUUCCGAGGCUUCAAGGCUAGUUUCACCUUUUUGCUCUCAGACUCUUCAAACCAAGUUGGAUCAACAUCACCUCCCCAAACCAAUCUUGUAUCUUCUGCAAAACUUAUUCCAUAUGGUAUCUGUGGCAUCCCUCCAUUUAGUCUCCAGUGGCUUUCCAGAAGAACUGUAGUGGGGGAGGAAGCCUGUCCCCACUGUUGGCCGUGGCAGGUGGGUGUGAGGUUUCAAGGCAGUCACCAGUGUGGAGGUGCCAUCCUCAACCCAACCUGGAUUCUCACUGCAGCCCAUUGUCUGCAAUCGAAAAAUAAUCCACUCUUCUGGACUAUUGUUGCUGGGGACCAUGACAGAACCCUGAAGGAAUCAACUGAGCAGGUGAGAAGGGCCAAGCACGUUGUGGUGCAUGAAGACUUUGAUAGCCGGAGCUUUGACUCUGACAUCGCCCUAAUACAACUGAGCUCUCCUCUGGCGUUCAACUCCGUCGUGAGGCCGGCGUGUCUCCCAGAAAGCACGGAGCCACUCUUUUCCUCUGAGAUCUGUGCUGUGACUGGAUGGGGAAGCAUUAGUGAAGGUGGCGGCCUCGCAAGGCGCUUGCGGCAGAUUCAGGUGCUUGUGUUAGAAAGAGAGGUCUGUGAACACGCUUACCGCUCUCACCCAGGAGGGAUCACAGAGAGGAUGAUCUGUGCUGGCUUUGCAACCUCUGGAGGGAAGGAUUUCUGUCAGGGAGACUCUGGUGGGCCAUUAGUAUGUCGACAUGAAAAAGGUCCCUUUGUCCUGUAUGGUAUUGUCAGCUGGGGAGCUGGCUGUGCCCAAACAAGGAAACUAGAUGUAUUUGCCAGGGUGAGUGUCUUCUUGGACUGGAUCCAAUCCAAAAUCAAAGGUACAGGUCCUGCUUCACUUCGGACAAAUAAUGAAAGAAAAACCUUAACAAGACAACAGUUGCCACCACCCACACCUUCAAUAGACAAUGAGUCUGGACCAGGUUGUUACUCUGAAGUGGAGCUAGAAGAGCCCAGAGGCUUUUUUUCAACUCCAAGAUAUCCACUGGAUUAUAGAGGAAAACUGGAAUGUUCCUGGGUGCUCAGAAUUUCACCUAGCAGUAUGGCAAAAAUGACGGUUGAAUAUCUGUCACUCCCUGGGUCUCCAAUAUGUCCAGAUUCAGUUAUGACUAUUUAUGAAGAAAGCCACAGUAAGAGAAGGGUGUCAGGUGAAUUAUGUGGAAGAGGGCUUUACCCGAUGAUUUUCAUGAGCUCUGGACCACUGGUGAGGGUGACAUUUCGUUCCCUUGUGCAAGGUGCUUUGGGCAUAAGUUAUAUUGUCUUUAGAGUCCAAGGUCCAAAGGGCAGUAAAACUCCCAAACUUCUCCAAAGUUCAAACCAAGAACAUGUGGCCGCUUAUGAGGAUGUUAUUCUGACUGAACCAGGAGGAAUCAUACAGAUCCCAAGAUACUCUCACAGAACCACUAUGAGUUGCCACUGGAAGUUAUUAGCCCCUUUAGAUCACAUCAUUCGCCUUGAUAUUAUCAACUUCCAGACGAAGUCGACACCCUUGGCCUGUCAGGGUCAUAUAUGGGUUUAUGAAGGAUUUGGAUCAGGCAAAAAAUUAAUAGGUAACUAA